AUGCUGACUGGAGUAGCCCGCUGUUUCAAGUCCAACACUCCCUAUUACCACGCCGGAAUCCUCUGUUUUUACCACAGCGGCACCUGUCUUUGACAUCUUUCUCGCAGAGUAGAAGUACAUCCGGUGAAAAGGAGGAGUGUAAACAUCAGUCCUUGCCUUAUUUAGGACGGGAGCAAGAAGAAGACAGAAGACCAGCUCUUGAAACUGAUAGAUCGGUGCCGUCACGUGUCGGCCGGAGCACCAAGACGCCGACACCAGCAACCGACAUGCACGGACCCGUUACGGCCUCCGCCGAGCAACGCUGAUUGGGCUGCUUGUUCCUUAAAUUGGAGGGAAGAAGAGAGUGUGGGGGAAGAGUGGAGAUGGGGGUCUUGGGAGAAGGGUCGAGGUGGUGCUUCUGCUCGGGCGGAGGGAGGUCGGAGAGGGUGAAAGGUGGCAUCUUUUGCUCCAAAGGUCCCGCCUUGGCCGCCAUCUACGCCGCCGGGGGUGGGAGUGGCGGCGGCGUGGGGACUGGGUUCCUUAUUCAUCGUAACCUCCUUCUGACGACCCAUGCCAACCUCCCUUCCGCCGCCGCCACAGAGGCCGCCGAGAUCCGCCUCUGCCAUGACCGUUUACCUGCCCGCCUUGCCCCCCAGAGAUUUUUCAUAACCAGUUCUGUUCUCGAUCUUACUAUAGUGGGGCUUGAUAUUCUGGAUAGUGACUCACCUUCAGAGGUGCAGCAGCCUCGUUACUUGAAGACCUGCUUCAAUCCAAAUAUAGAUCUGGGUAAUGUGGUUUAUCUUUUAGGGCACACAGACAAAAAGGAGCUGGCCGUCGGUGAGGGAAAAGUAGUGAUAGCCACUGACAACCUCAUAAAACUGUUCAUAGAUGGGGUGGCAUGGUGCCCUGGAUCCGCUGGUUUUGAUGUUCAUGGAAACUUAGCUUUUAUGGUAUGUGAUCCCAUGAAACUUGCCUCGUCACCCACCGGAAGAUCUGCAUCCUCUUCGUCAUCUCUAUCAUGGAAGAAAGAUACUUCUAUGCAAUUUGGGAUCCCAAUUCCAGUCAUUUGUGAUUGGUUACAUCAGCACUGGGAAGGGAGCUUGGAUGAGGUUAGCAAACCCAAGUUGUCUAAGAUUCGAUCAAUGCCCACAGGACAGAAGAGUGGGAAUUCUUGUGCUUCUUUCACCCUUCGCCGCGUCUUCAAGGCAUUUGAGGAGGUGAAUGAUAAUAUCUUGUCAUCCUCACCUGUCAAUCGAAGAUCAAAGUUUCAGCUUGGAUCAAGCUGUUCAGCAAAUUCAAAUGCAAUGUUCUCCCACGACGAAAACAUGGCUAUUGAUUUAAGCUGUACCCAUGAACAGGGGAUUCCAACUCCGGAGAUUUUUGAAUCACCAAAACUCAUUUCUGGGCCACUUCAGAAGAAGCAAUAUGCUCCAAUCCAGCUCUUGGACAUUAAUUUCCCUCCGAGGGCUCCGAGAUCUAUCAUUUUGCCACCGCCGCUUAAACAAGUACUCUCUGAUGAAGAUAAUGUUCGAGGGUCUGAGCCUGGAAAUGUGUUGAGAGAAUAUGACUUGUCACCAAAGGAUGUACCACAAGCCAGUCGUGAAGGGAAAUAUAAGCUUCCCCCAAUCGGCACUUGGCAAGAGGAUCGCUGCAGUGUGCAGUCCAGUUCAUCUCCAUUGGAGAUAUCAGAGUUGCAGCAUGAAGGCAAUGGAUUUGGUAGUGAAGAGGAUACCAUGUACUCUGCUGAAACCAUGGAAAGCAGAAACAUCCCAACCCCCAAAGAAACCAACCUCCAACAAGUAGGUAGGAGCCAGAGCUGUGUGAACUACAGCAGAUGGACUUCCACUCGGAGGAUGCCGACGGCACAGAGAUCAGCCUCGCAGAAGCAGCGUGCCUUAACUCCUGCAUGUAAAACACAAUCACAGACCUCAGCAUUGCCCCAAAGGAGCCAUGAUUUCCACAGUUCAAAAGUCUCAUCAAACAUGAAGCGGAAUAGCUUAGAGAAUCCAAGGAGACCCCGUCGAAGCACGGUGCAAAAGCCUCAAAGAUGGAUGUUCUGAUCAUUUGUUUGUCGGCAAAGAAAAAAAAGAGAGAAGAAACACCUUCGAUCAGCUUGUUGAAUCUGGAAUUAUGCUUCUUGUUAUGUUCGUGCCGAUACACUAGCUUUUUUGUUUGUGUGUUUGAUAUGUGCAUAAUGUUGUUAGAUAAAUAAGCAGAUCCAAUCUAAAUGUUCAGAUCUGAUGGGUGAUUGUCAGGCUAUUAUGGGAUAUUGUAGCUCUGUAAAUCUGAUUUAUUCAGUGUUCCUCUCAUCUUCUUAUUGAAUGAAAGGAAACAAAAGAAGGAAUUCUUCUCUCCUUGUUGAUUAA